AUGGAAGUCCACGUGAGAGAUUCCAUCAAGCAAGUAGAUGAGAGCACAUUGCUUAUUGGAGACCUGAUUCUUCAUUCUUCGAGCGGUCGUUCCGAUACCUCUUCUUGGUAUGACUCAACCGAUAAUCUCAGCUAUACUCUCACCAACGCGCCCGUCCCUCCACCUCCAACCGUUCCACUAUGUGCUAAUCCGAGGAUUAUCCUUGUAUAUGACGCCGGUGAACGUUCUGCAGUCUGGUCGAUAGGCAAUAAUGCCUUUUGCAAAGUUAAGACGCUUGAAGAAGGCGUAACAUCCGAAGCUACUACGUUGGCUUUUGUCCAUGGUCAAAAGCCUUCCUUUAAGAUCCCUUGUGUUAUACACGAGACCAAGGAUAAUACUCGAUCUUAUCUCUUUAUAACUAGAGUACCUGGCCGGACACUCGCAGCUGCCUGGCCUACUCUAGACGAAACCUGGAAGUAUCACUAUGUCAAUGAAGUGGUGAAAAUUAUCGAGACCCUUGCAGGCUGGGAAAGAUCUACAUUUGGUGGUAUAGAUGGAAAAUAUAUGCCUGAAAAUUAUCUUGCCAAGCGUCCCGAAGACUAUCUCACCAACCCCUACAAUCGGGACUUUCGCCCUCAAGAACUUACCGAAAAUUGUCAAAUGCUGGGUAUGGAUUGUUCGACAUUCGUCUUUUACCAUGCCGAUCUCGGUCCAGUGAAUAUCAUUGUGGAAGAUGUGCCAAAAGCUGGCACUAUUGGGAUCAUCGAUUGGGAGAUUGCUGGUUAUGUCCCCAAAGGAUGGAUAAGAACCAAGUUCCGGUUGUCUAGUGGACUAGAUCUUCCUGACCCGGGUCCCGGUGAGGAGUCAUAUUGGUGGAGGUCGGAGGUUCAGAAAUCACUGGGGAGACGUGGAUUCGUGGACCAUGUGAAGGAAUGGGUGGCAUGGCGUCAGAUUUCGCAGGGAUGA